AUGUAUGGUGGAGAUUUGAGAGGAUUGCUCACGUCGUAUCACAACCGACACCAUCCCGUUGGCUUCGACUGCGACAAAGUGAAAAUCGCUCUGCAUGUUGCGCAUGCUCUCACGUAUCUCCAUUCGUUAAGUCCAGUGGUGAUCCACCGUGAUCUCAAGUCUAGAAACAUUCUUCUGACAGCUGAUCUAGAUGCCAAGUUGACGGACUUCGGUAUCUCUCGAGAGCGAGUAGAUCAGACAAUGACGGCCGGAGUCGGUACAUCUCUGUGGAUGGCACCAGAAGUUCUCAUGGGAGAACGGUACGACGACAAGGCCGAUAUUUUCUCGUUCGGGGUGGUAUUAUCGGAGUUGGAUUUGCAGCUGCAAAGCGUCCAACAGCGGCUGAAUUGCUGUAUAGACUGCAGGUAA